CCGCGGCAAGGUCUGUGCGCGAGACGCGGGCACCCGGGCAGGCGGUGGCGCGAGCCUCCCCCACUCCCUGCUCGCACGCGCCGGCUGGGUCUGUGCUGCACAGCCAGGAGCCGGGGCGGCGAGGAGGCGAAGCUCCAGCAAGCGGACCAGCGCCUGGGAAGGAUGGAAGGAGCCUCCUUUGGAGCGGGCAGGGCAGGGGGGGACGUUGACCCUGUGGAUUUUCUCAAGCAGCCUCAGACCAUUCUCAGGAUAGUGGCCUGGGUCUUCUCCAUCGUGGUGUUUGGCUCCAUCGUCAACGAGGGCUAUGUCAACGAUGAGAAGGAGGCGGAACUCAGGUGCGUCUUCAAAAAGAAUGAGGAUGCCUGCAACUAUGGCAUCGCCAUCGGCAUCAUUGCCUUCUUCGCCUGCAUCUUCUUCUUCAUUGUCGACCUCUACUUCCAGCAGAUCAGCAGCGUGAAGGACCGGAAACGGGUUGUCCUGCUGGACCUGGGGUUUUCAGGGUUGUGGUCCUUCCUAUGGUUCAUAGCUUUCUGCUUCCUGGCCAACCAGUGGCAGCACACACCAGCCAGCAGAGGGGCAUCUCAAGGAGCAGAUGCCGCCCGGGCAGCCAUCGCCUUCUCAUUCUUCUCCAUCCUCUCCUGGGUUGCCCUGACGGUGAUGGCCAUGCAGAGAUACCACCUGGGGACUGACAUGUCUCUGUUUGCCACGGAUCAGUUUGCCACUGACCCCAAUACAGGAUACCCAGGAUACCCCACUGGCAGCGGCAUUGAAAGCACGGAAACCUAUCAGAGCCCCCCAUUUUCUGAGACCAUAGACACCAGUCCAAAAGGUUACCAGGUGCCAACUUACUAAAGUACAGCGGCUCAGCACGGUCAUGUAAAAGUAGACAAAGUCUUCUCAUGGUGCAGUACAAUUAACUGGUUGAUUGCAAGUGUAUUAAGAACCAUUUCCUUAAUGUGGCAAGUCAGUGCUGGGUAACUUACUAUUAGCUAGUUGUGCAGUGAAUUCUGUACAGUAGUAUAGGUUCUUGUCUUACCUAAGGGUUUUUUUUAUAAAAGCAGUGUUCCCUCUAAGUUUGAAACACAAGGAAGGUUGCUACUACACAAAAUGCACGUGGCAACCACAAAAACACCACCACAAUUUUCUUUGACUUGUUUAAAUGCCAAACGUUAGCAAUGAAUUUUGCUGAGCACCCAGGAAAGUAGACAAUAAUUCUCCUGUUAGAAUACACAAUAGCUGAUGAGUUGAUGGUUCUCUCAUUCUUCCAGAGCUAACACAGAAUUGUUCUCGUUUUGAUGAACCUAGGGCUGCACACACAGUGCCCGUUCAUCCUAGCCUCAUAGCUUCCCACUGCGAGAAGCCACUACAGAGCUUUCUUGUGCUGCAUAGAAAGUAGAGUCUAUGGAAAGUGCCAAAUUUAAAAAGAAAAAAGAAUCAUCUCUGUGUUGUUUCUAAUUUGUAUAUAUGUACUGUACAAAAUAACUGAACCGAUGUUGCAAACUUUAGCUUAGGAUUCAGGCAUCACUGGUUUUGCUUUUUACUUUAAAAAAAAAUGUUGAAUAACCAAAUCUCUUAUCUGCUUCAACAUUGUAUGUUUAGGAUAUUAAAAAUUACCAUUUCAACUUG